CCCCGGUAGCUAGCGUUAGCACCCAGGCCAGCUAAUAUAGCCUACUGUAGGCCACGAAUAGCUUGUUUUUUUAACUUGCGGCUGUGAUAUGGUUAUGUUACUGUAAGUGUGUAACCUUGCUUUUCGUAUGCCGCAAGCUACCUUUAAAUACUCUUGACUUUCUGUGACAGUUUCAUGAGCAGCUACGGUUAGCUCUGCUAGUUAAGCUACGCGGUUUACCAGCGCAUCACAGGUAGCCGACUGGAGGCUAACGUUAUGUCAUUCUGCUGUGUUUGACAGCUUGUGUUGCUAUUUAUUAAGCAGCCAACGUAUUACUUACGUUGCUUAGCGAUGUUACCGGUUAACGACAUGUUAGUUAUAGAGUGUGAUAGCUGUCGUGAAGCAGUAUUUAACACUCUCUUUUUUUCAUUUGCAUGUUAUGCCUUCAGUAAGUUACUAGCUGACUUGGGCCAGUAAUGUCUCUGACGUUACCAUCUGCCGAAAUGCUUGAAACACCUCCUGGAUAUCCAUUUGAAGAAAUUAACUAUGAGGAUAUUGAAGUUGAGGAGGUGGUGGGGAGAGGAGCUUUUGGGGUGGUCUGCAAAGCCAAGUGGAAAGGCAAAGAUGUUGCAAUCAAGACCAUUGAGAGUGAAUCAGAAAGGAAAGCCUUUAUUGUUGAGCUCCGGCAGCUUUCACGUGUGAAUCACCCCAACAUUGUGAAGUUGUAUGGCUCUUGCAAUAAUCCAGUCUGCCUUGUGAUGGAAUAUGCUGAAGGAGGAUCGUUGUACAAUGUGCUGCAUGGUGCUGAACCCCUCCCCUAUUACACUGCUUCCCAUGCCAUGAGCUGGUGUUUUCAGUGUUCCCAGGGCGUGGCCUAUCUCCAUGGCAUGAAACCAAAGGCUCUCAUUCACAGGGACCUCAAGCCACCCAAUCUUCUUCUAGUGGCGGGAGGCACCGUGCUCAAGAUAUGUGACUUUGGAACAGCAUGUGACAUUCAGACCCACAUGACCAACAACAAAGGAAGUGCAGCAUGGAUGGCCCCAGAGGUAUUUGAAGGCAACAAUUACAGCGAGAAGUGCGACGUGUUCAGCUGGGGGAUCAUUCUCUGGGAGGUGAUCACGCGCAGGAAGCCCUUUGAUGAAAUUGGAGGACCAGCUUUCCGCAUUAUGUGGGCCGUGCACAAUGGCACAAGGCCGCCUUUAAUCAAGAAUUUACCCAAGCCCAUUGAGAGCCUGAUGACUCGCUGCUGGUCUAAAGACCCCUCUCAGCGGCCUUCCAUGGAGGAGAUAGUGAAGAUCAUGACUCAUCUAAUGAGGUACUUUCCAGGAUCUGAUGAACCGCUACAAUAUCCAUACCAGUAUUCAGAUGAUGGACAGAGCAACUCUGCAACAAGUACAGGUUCAUACAUGGACUACACUGGCACCAGCACAAGCAACAAAAGCGACGCAAACAUGGAACACAGCGAUUCUCAAGGGAGCAAUGACACUAUCAAGAUUACGCCUCAGUUUGCACCUCACUUCAAGCCAAAGGGAGACCCGUUAAGAACUCUGCCUCUGUCCAGAGGCGGCAGCGUGGAGAGUCUGACACGGACACAGUGUCUGGCGUCCUCAGACAGCAAAAGAAUGAGCGCUGACCUGUCAGAGCUGGAGCCCAAGAUGCCGUUUGCACCUUCAGCACGCCCGCAGUAUAAACGAGGCCACCGUAAAACCGCAUCAUUCGGCACCAUUCUGGAUGUCCCCAAGAUCGUCGUCACAGCCACAUGCGAGUCUCAGAGACGUCGGUCCGUGCAGGAUCUGCCAGGCGUCGGCACAGAGUCCAGCCAGGGGAGCAGGAACAGCAGCCGGUCCUCCAGUCCUAGUGUGAGGAUGAUGCCUGAUAAGACGAGCAGCAGAGGCUACUACUCCCCUGAUGACCCCUCAGACACCAAUGGCUCAGACAACUCCAUUCCCAUGGCUUAUCUGACCCUGGAUCACCAGCUGCAGCCUCUCACUCCUUGUCCCAACUCCAAAGAGUCCAUGGCCGUGUUUGAGCAGCACUGCAAAAUGGCCCAAGAAUACCUGAAAGUGCAAACAGAGAUCGCCCUGCUGAUCCAGAGGAAGAAGGAGCUCAUCGCCGAACUGGACCAAGACGAGAAGGACCAGCAGAACACGUCCCGUCUGGUGCAGGAGCACAAGAAGCUCCUGGAGGAGAACAAGAGUCUGUCCACGUACUACCAGAAGUGCAAAAAACAGCUGGAGCUGAUCCGGGUCCAGCAACAGAAGAGACAGGGCACGUCCUGAUCAGAGUCCCCCCACCCCCAAUACAGACACAUGAACUGCUACCACUCCCCCCACCACCACCACCACCCCACACCUGCACUAUAACAUAACACUACCCACUCUCAUGCUCUGCUCCAUCCACACACACACACACACACACACACACACACACACACACACACACACAAGGAGUCCAGCUUUGUAAAGAGACCUGCAUUCUACUGUGUCCUGCAUGUUGCAUUGUAGACCCCCCCCCCCCCCCCCCCCCCCCCCCCCCCCUCCUCCAUGACGUCCUCUGUACAUAUAUUUGCACAUCUUCACAGAGUUUUCUGUGACCGCAGACCAAACAAUCACUGCCCCCACACCCCCACCACCACCCCCUCCCAAAGACCCCGCCGCUGUGCUCACAGGACACACCUCUCCUCCUGCAGACCUCCAGCAGCGGCGUGCGCGUGGGCGGAGCGCCAUGACGGCAGGCCGGUGAGGGUGGGUCGUGCUUAUGUGUGUUUGUACACGUUGCUCUCAGGACCUCUGGGCUGUCCGGUCAGCACGCAACACCGCCCACACCCCUCUGACGGACCGAUUCACCCUCUCAGUGGCCUCCAGAAUGUGAAAAACGAAACAAAAAAAGACGGCUUUUGAGCAAAAAGUGUGAAUCAUAUGCAGAUGAGGACGUUUGGAUCUACAGUGAGUGUGUGUGGAAUCCCUGUUAUGCAAAACACACACAAACACACACACACACACACACAAACACGCACACACCUAUAAAAUCAUGUAUUUAUCUCCAACCCCCCCACCACACACACAAACACUCACUCCCUCCCUUUUUUUUCUAGGCGUGAGAGCACACCUGUUUACUUCCUCAAGGUGUUUUGAUGUAUUGAGUGGAGAGCAGGAUGAACCCCAGAUCACAGUCAGAGGAAUGGCUUAGCGGGGGGGGGCGGGUUAAUAAUCUGCUCCUCACACACACAUACACACACAUACACACACAUACACACAACUAGCUUCCACAGCAAAUAGCAGGAGCAGAGGAUUCCCUAAAAAGAAAAAAAACUUUUUAUUUCGACUUCAGUAUUGUUUUUGCGUGUAGAUGUUUUUGUUUUGUUUUUUUUGUCUUUUCUAUUCAGUAGUUCACUCUGUAUGAUAGCUGUUGUGUCAUUUUUGCAUUAGGACAAAUUUUUCUGGUAACAGAUAAAAUAGAGGAGCCUAUACCUCUCUAUACAGUAUCUAGUUUGUUUUUAGUUCACAUGUUGCCUUAGAAGUUGCCUGCAUUUUAAGUGCUUGACUUUGUUUUAUGUGACAUUUUAGCCGGGUUAAAAGCUUCCAAAAAAAAGACAAAAAAAAGAAAAAGAGAGAUAUUUUUAAUGUAACGGACAUUGAAUGAAUUUAGAUUCUUCUUUUCCUGUCGGGAGUGAGAAGGAUGUUUGUCAGUAAGCUGAUCAUGUAAAUGUUUCCCCCUCCUCAAGCUUUUACAUCCAAAAUAAUGACGACAAAAAAAAAGAAGGAUUGGAUGUGAUGGGUGUUAUUUUUUAGUUUGUUUUGUUUUCUUUUUGAUCUCAUAUCCCUCAAGUAUUUUUGCACAAUCACUUUGUUUUUGUCUGGUCAUGUACAAAUUUUCUCUCUCAUUUAAGCAAUUCUUUUUUGUUUGUUUUUUUGUUUUUUUGUUUUUUAAAGUGAGAGACAUGACAAGUCCAACUUUUAAAACGUGUUACUGUACAGGAGGGGAAGGUUCAGCCGGUUCCUCUCCUGAGUUCUCUGUUCACUAAGAAUUCAUUUACCAAACUCACCACACUGUUGGAGUGUUUCCUAUGCUGUUGGGAAAUGAAGUACAGUUGAAGGCAGUGAGCGAGGCAUUAUGAAUAAACUGAAUAGUGAAAAGAUGCAGUGAGUGUUUCUAUUGGAUGCAUGGACAGUAUUUUGUGUUAUUAUUUAUUUCUGCCUAACCAAACACUCAGUUUUAUUAGUACAGCUUCAUUUGUGCUGCAACUAAAACACAUUUCCAACCAAUUAAAUCAGUAAUCUCUAGAAAUAUGAACAUCACUGUCAGUACAUGCUGUAUUACUCAGGAAUGGCGUUAUUGCUUUUCUGACUGUCAUGUUUUGAUGAUUUAAACGGUUCUUUUCAAUGUUUGUCAAAAAUUCAUUAAACUUAAUUUGUCC